UUAUCAAAAACAUUAAAAAAUCUAUCACCAAACGCGAGAUUAAAAUAAAUGGCUCACUUUUGUUUAAUUUUGGUUAUAUUUUCUCCGGUCUCUCUUCCCUCACGGUUACACCGCCGUCAAAACUCGCAAAUCAAAAUCUCGGCAGAACAUUAUAAGAAGGAAUGACUCUAUUCCCCCCCCCUCCUCCGCCACUACCACUGCCACCUUCCUCCGCCUUUCUACCGCCACCACCUCCUUACUAUCACCACCCUACUUCCACCGGUACUCCGACAUAUGAAGUUUCUACCGCUCUCUCAUCACUUACAUCUCUCCUCAACCGCUCUUCAACUACUUUCAACUCUGUCUCCUCUCUUCUUCCUAUUAUACCAGUUCCUCCUUCUCCCUCCCCAUCUCUAUAUCCAUGCCCUUUCAAUCCCAACCAUCGUCUUCCCCUUUCUUCCCUCUUCUCUCACUCUCUUCGUUGCCCACCCAUACCCAUUUCCUCCGAUCACAUUCAAACCCUAAUUCAAAACCUCAAAUACCCCCACACCCUUCAUUCAUCCAACUCCUUUACCUUACCUUUGCGGGAAUCACAAUCUGAUCUUUGCUUCUCUCUUGAAGCCUACUUGGAUUUUGAAAAUCCCACUUUCUUCUAUUCUAAUUGUCCUGGUGUUGUUUCUUUUCCUAUAAAGGGAGAAAAUGCAACUCCUCCAAUGCUUACUCUUCCUGCUGUUUUAUCUUCGGAAUGUGCUAGUUCUGGUGGAAAUUCGAUGGUCUUUCCGAGAGAAAUAAUCCAGCUUCUUCCAUCGGAGGUAUAUGCAAUUAGAAAUGAGACUGAUUGUUGGAAUGAGUUUCCUUGUAUGUAUUCCUAUCGUAUUCUUCGUGCAAUUUUAGGAUUAGCAAUGAGUCGUGUGGAGUGUUUAUCUGCAUGGGUAGUUGUUAAUUCAGCUAGGUAUUAUAAUGUUGUGCUUGAUUUAGCAAUGAGAGAUCAUAUACUUGUAUUAUUUAAGCUUUGUUUGAAAGCUAUUGUUAGGGAAUCUAUUGAUUUAUCCAGUACAUUUUGCAACGGAGAAGAUGAGGAAUCAAGUUUGAGUAACCGGAGUUUUAAGUGUCCCAUCUUAGUUCAAGUCUUGGUGUGGUUGGGAACUCAACUUUCUGUUUUAUAUGGAGAAAUGACUGGGAAAUCCUUUGCUAUCAACAUCCUAAGGCAAUGUAUCUGUGAUUCUGCGUUUAGUUUUUCUAUGUUCAAUGAAUCUACUGCCAUGAGAAGGGGGGAUGACAACCUUCAAGAGCAACAGGAAAGUGGUGAACCACUAAAAAGUAGAAGGGAGAAUGAGGGAACAAAUGUAUCGGAUGAAACAUUCUCUAAAAGCCCGAUUUUUGUUUCCCAAGUAGCAGCAGCUGUUGCAGCAUUGCAUGAACGAUCUAUACUUGAAGAAAAGCUCAAAGCACUAAGGAGUUUACCAUCACUUCCAGCUUACCAGCGAUCGAUGGAGCACACGUACAUUUCAAAUAAAGCAGACGAGGAACGGCAAAAACGCGCUUAUUACAAACCUCUUCUUGAACACGAUGGACUUCUGUGGCAGCGUUCGCGAAAUAAUCAGGACACAAAUAGAACAAAAACUAGAGAGGAAUUAUUAGCUGAGGAAAGGGAUUACAAACGUAGAAGAAUGUCAUAUCGCGGAAAAAAGUUGAAGCGAUCAACAACACAGGUUAUGCGGGAUAUAAUUGAGGAAUGCAUGGAGGAAAUCAGGCAAGCAGAUCCCAUCAACUGCCCAACAAAAGGAGCUGAAGAGACAAACUUUCCAGAGUCUGCAACCUACAGGCCUGAUGAUUAUCACAAGGAUAAAGUUGAGUCUGGAAACAGGCAGCUGGAUUCAUCUGCUUUAAGCAAAGGAAGGGAGGGUGGUUUUAAGGAAGGGUUUCAUACUGACAGAGAAGUCAAUUUAACAGAUUUCAAAUAUGAUUAUUCUGAAAAUAUGGAAAAAGCAUCUCAGUGGCAUCAUGGACAUUUAGUACCCGAGAGAAUUAAUGUGAGGUCCAGACAGGGCAGGAAAGAUUACUCUAGAAGCCCAAAUCAGCGAGGCUGUACCUAUUUGCGCGAAAAAUCUAUCAGCCAAGAGAAGAGAGACUAUUUAAAUGAUUCUAGAGAGAAUUUUUCUAGAAGCUCCAGCAAUCGGUACCACAAAUCAAUUGAGAAAAGUAAUUCACAUAGGGAGACAGGUGAUCAUAAUUUUGACUUCAAGAAACGGAAGGCAAGGGAUGCUUGUGAUGAUUUUGAAGACCGAUAUGAUCCGGCAGAAUCUUAGAAAAACUGUGAGAAAAUGUCCGACUAUUGCAGCUAGUGCCCUGUUUGUUGGGUUAAUCCGGGCAAUGUGUUGAUAUUGGAACAGCAUCACCAUCAGAAUUUGUUGUGACUGGUCUUAUCAGAAAAGAAAACCCUGCUACUGAUGCUUUUUGUGGUCUACUGGUCGAAUUAGCUAGUAGGAAGUCAUGCAGGUGUCUGCAGUUUAUCCUCUUCUGUAUCCUUCCAUGUAUCCUUUAUAUUGAUAUUUCUUGGCAUUGUCUUCUUGGAUUUACUUUUCUUUGUCCUUUUUCCCCUAUCCAAAGAAGUAAUUGUCUCUUCAAGGGGACGUAGUAUAUAGCUAGAUCACCAGUGAUAUAGUAAGUUGUUCUUUCCAUAGUGCUGGGUAUUACUUCAUCCAAAACGUAAACCUUUGUUGCAGAGUUCCGUUAUUAUCGUUGGAGCAAAUAUUGUUGCACAGAUCUAUGCUAAACUUUUUUUUUUUGUUGUGAUUCAAUAUGUACAAGUGUCAACACAAGUGAGUUUUUGACCUAAUGCAUCCUUAUUGUUUUACCACAACUUUCAUUACAUCCUCAUAAUAUUCCACUUAACAAAAAACAUCCUUUAAGUUUCUAAAAAGUGACCAAAAACAUCCUUCUGUCAAUCUUACACAAGUUAUUAAAGUAAGAUUGCUUGGUUACAUGUGUGGUUCACAACUGGGUGAAGCAUCUGGUUCUAAGGGCCUCAAAACUUAGCUUUAGACAUGUUGAAGGUGACAUUCCAGUUAUGAGAUUUGUUCGUAUAACUGUACAUUACUAUACAGGAAUAGUGCAUAGUAUUAUGGUAGCAGUAUUUUCUCUCUUUACGUAUGGGUCAGUAUCAUGUAUGUUAGUCAUAUGACAGAGGACAUACCAGGUAGAAGACUGCUUGAUGCAGCUUCAGGUGUUAGGCCUUUCGAGUUGCAAUCUAAUUGUUUUUGUACUUCCAAAAGCCGACACUGAAAGUGGGGCACCCCCAUCUGCAAUUUGAUUGUUGUAGUACUUCUAAUGACACAACUCAGAAGGUGCAAGAGUCACACCAAAAGAUGGAUUCAUGUAGAAGUAGUCAACAAUAACAGGCUGAAUCCUUGAGCAUUUUAAGCAUAUCUCUGAAUUAGUUUGAUUCUUUUGAAGCCCUAUGGGAUUCUUAAGUUGGCAAUUACAAUAAAAUCUUGAUGUCUGGAGGUACCUGAAUUGUGUGAGUUCGAAGAAACAUGGUUUUUGCUAAGGAAAUUUCUCUUGUGGACGAGAAAGCAUUUAAUUAUAAGCACUUCAAGACAGACAAGAAAGUUUAUGUACAAGAUAACAAAAUUAUAUGUACAAGAUAACAAAAUUAUAUUUUAGAAAGUUAAUCGUAGCAUAUAUACUAGGUUCACUUCUGAAUAAGGUAUGCGGUUCUGUGUCGACUUGGCAUAUAUCUGAUAUUAUACAGGAAUUGUUCCUUAGUUUUAUGGUAGCAAUCUUUUGCUAUAUGCAUAUUGGCAAGUAUCAUGUGCCUUAGGUAUAUUGCAGAAGACAUUCCAGGUAGGAGAUAUAUACUUGAUACUUCAUCAGGUGUAAAUUUCAGGUUUCAGUCUUAUUGUUUUUGUGCUUUCAAUUGCAGACUUGAAAGUGAGGCAGUCACACAACAAAGAUUGCCACACUAAUGCCCAGUUGCUGCUGCCUUGGGACAUCUCCUAAUUAGUUUAAACAGGUUUUGGAGGAUUCUAUGAUUAGGCAACUAUUGUUAUAAACUUUUAAUACCUUUAUAUACACUGAAUUAUUUCAAACAUACGAAGAAAUUUGCGUCUUUUUUUUUUUGGGCUCAAUAAUCUGCUGCAUGAGAACGAGGUAUGUUGGAUAGGAAGGCACUUGGAGGCUGACCUCAAAGAAUUAUUGAGCGAAACAAAAGACAAUUCAUCCCUCGAAUUUGCAGUAUUAUAGCCUCCUCUAUACCGUGUGAGCUUAUGAAUUUUUCGGGAUACUCUGCUCUGGACACCAUUUUAGGUUCAUCUAUUAGGUUGGACUUACAAAACUAUAUAUGGUUACAAUACCCGUCUUCCGUGUU